CGUCAACCAAGCUGAAGAACUUUCGUCGUCUCAGCUCAUAGCAUUAUUCCACGAUGGCGUGCAAGGUAAUCGUGGCAUCCAUCGUGAUGGUUAUAGUGUCAGUUAUUUGUAUAGAUGUCACUACUGCCUGCUUCAAAAAACCCCUCUUCUCGAUCAACGUUCACGUUGGCGACGUCAACACCGUAAAUCAUAACGGAAGAAGGCGUAGAUCUGCCGAGGAGGUUUCCGAUUACAAACGCAUAUUCAAAGACUGCGACUCCGAUGACAAUGACAAGCUGAGUAGCAAUGAGUUUUUCAAAUGUUUCCCGCAGCCUAUGCGUCGUCUUGCUGAGAUCUUUGAAGUUUUGGACACUGAUCACGAUGAAGCACUCACCUUUUUAGAGUUUCAGAAAGCAGAGUUUAACAAAGAAAGGAAACCUGACACCAACUGCCACUUUGCAAUGUUAGAAGAUUGUGGAGGUAGUUUCCUGCUCUUUGCCCAUGCACGGAAUGAAAGUGAGGCGUCCAUGUGCGGGGCCCUCCAGGACUAUGGAGAUUGUGUUGAGGAGAGGAGUAAAACAUGUGAUUUGGAUGACGCGAAAAACUUCGCUGCGACGCUACGUCACAUGGUUCUGACUUCACGCGAUGACGGCGUAUGUCCUUACAUCGACAUAAAUUAUGAUGACAACGAUGUGCACAUUGAGAAGCUGCCAUGUAGUAAAGCGGCCAUCUUGAAAUGUGACAAGGACUUCCUGAAUGACAUCCUAACUUUGACGCCACCGUGUGAUGCUCUGGGGGCUUAUGAAGAGUGCCUUGAGAAGACAACCGAGUCCUGUAACGACGAAGCUUCAGAAAGCGCACGCAAUGCGGCCGAGGUCAUCUUGAAAGCCUACAAAUCUACUGGCAAAUGCGACCGCAAUUGUGACUAACUAUAAAUGGCCGACAUUUCCACCCUCUGUAUGCCUCUUUCCAUUUUUAGCCAGAUAUAAUCGGUUGCUCUAACAAAUUUAUCAAACAGAGUAAAAACUGUUAAAGGGUGUGUGUGUCUUUAAGAGUUUUUAUGCUUUCAAAUAUUCAGAAAGUGCAUAUUAUAUUGAUCGUUUAAAAGGAGACUUUGCGGACUUUUCAGUGUUCCGAAGCUAAAUAAAUAUUUUAUAGCCGUUUCAUAAAACCAUUGCACUUAUAUUAUUUUAUAUAUCACACUACCCUACCCUACCCUACCCUACCCUACCCUACCCUACCCUACCCUACCCUACCCUACCCCCAUACUGUAGCCUGUAUUUCUUUAAACGGGAUACAGGCUACAAUGAAGUUGAAAAUGAAGGGCGUUUGUUUAUUUCCACAUUUUUGAAGGUAUGCUAGAUUUCACAUA